AUGUUUGAACAAUUGGCUAUUUUUACACUUCAAGGGAUCAUUCUUUAUCAAUAUAAUUGUCAAGGCAAGAAGUUCUCAGAACAUCAAAUAAAUGCAUUCAUCUCUAAGCUAAUUACAGCACCUGCCACGAGAGAUACUACUACUGCUGGCGGUAAAUUUACCAUCUUGAACGUUACCAAUGAUAGUACGCUAUCUACGACGAAUGCCUAUUCUCGUUCGUUUUGCUCAAUGUUUUAUAAGACAAAACAACCAGAAAUAUAUUUCGUUAUAACAUAUGCUGAACAAACUAUUGAAUUAGAUAAAGAAGCUGAAAAAACACUAGACUUGGCAACCAAACUUUGGAACUCAUUAGAAAUUAAUAAAUCUAUCCAAGAAAAUCUAAAUUCAAGAGACCACAUAGACAUAUUGGAUGGAGUAAAUGAUGGCAUAUCUAAAUUCGACCAGUACUUUAAAGCGAAAUAUGAAGAAUCUAUCAAAUCCGUUGCUUUUACACCCGUUGACGAAGUCCCAGGGAAAGAAGCUUCUCCAAAAACUAUAAAUCCCAAGAAAAAGAAUCAAGCAAAGAACAGAACAUUAAAUAACGGCGGGGGAAGAAAGUGGGGACGUAAUGGUAUAAUGGAGGAAACAACUGCUUUAGAUUCUUCAGUACUAGACUUUUCUGAAUCUUCUAAUAAUGUGUCAGGAAAUGAGAGGACUAUAGAUCCAGCUUUCAAUAAGGAAGCUUUCGGAAAUAGAACAAUAAAAGGUGAAUUUUUAAUCAAGGAAAUCGACGAUCUUUUAUCUUCAGCUACAGAUGGGGACAGUUCUAAUGAGACCGAGAACGAACAAACUUACCUAGGUUCCUUGACAUCGUUCUUAAGAAGGAACUUUACUGGGAAUAAAACUAUAUCGGCUAGUGAUUUAAAAUCAGUACUUGAUAAACUAAAGCAAAAAUUGAUCACAAAGAAUGUCGCUCCAGAAGCAGCUACUUUUUUAGUUGAACAAGUGAGUAAAGAUUUGGUUGGCACCAAAACUGCUAAUUGGACAAGUGUUGAAAUAACAGCCCGUAAAUCAUUAACAAAGGCUUUAACUCAAAUUUUAACUCCAGGUGUUUCAGUAGACCUGCUACAUGAGAUACAGAAAAAGACAAGUGUUAAAGAUUCAGAAGGUAAGAAACAACCGUAUGUAUUUUCUAUUGUAGGUGUGAACGGCGUUGGUAAGUCUACAAAUCUUUCUAAAUUGGCUUUCUGGCUAUUACAAAAUAACUUUAAAGUUUUAAUUGUUGCCUGUGAUACAUUUAGAUCCGGUGCGGUUGAACAACUUAGAGUUCAUGUUGAAAAUCUAGCCCAAUUAAUGGAUGAGUCGCACGUUCGUGGCUCAAAAAACAGAAGAGGUAAAAGUGGGAAUGAUUAUGUUGAAUUAUUCGAAGCAGGCUACGGUGGUUCAGAUUUGGUGACAAAAAUUGCGAAACAAGCUAUCAAAUAUGCCCAUGAUCAAGAUUUUGACAUUGUCCUAAUGGAUACUGCCGGUAGAAGACAUAAUGAUCCUACUUUAAUGUCUCCUCUAAAAUCUUUUGCAGAACAAGCUCAGCCUGACAAAAUAAUCAUGGUGGGUGAAGCAUUAGUUGGUACAGAUUCUGUACAACAAGCAAAGAACUUCAAUAAUGCCUUUGGUAAAGUAAGAAAUCUAGAUUUCUUCAUAAUUUCUAAAUGUGAUACAGUAGGAGAAAUGUUAGGAACAAUGGUAAAUAUGGUUUAUGCAACAGGAAUUCCAAUCUUAUUUGUAGGUGUCGGUCAAACAUAUACAGAUUUAAGAACAUUGAGUAUUAAAUGGGCAGUCAAUACAUUGAUGGCGUAA